GCUCUCAGCAACGAGGCCCCGAACAAGGGCCACCUCCAGGCCCGCAUCAAGCAGUUGGAGACGGCCCUGGCGGCCAUCCCCGAGGGCGACGCGAAGCUCGCCACCGAGCGCGCGUCGUUGGCGACCCGGCUCACCGACGCCAAGCGGCAGCUGCCCGGCUCCAAGCCGAUCGGUGCCCGGAUCGAUGGCGCACGUGCUGCUCUGGGACGUGCCCGCCAGCGCCAGGCGGAGGCCGAACAGGCGGUGGCAGCUGCCCUGCAGCUCCAGCACACGGUCGCAUGCGAGGUCACUGCGCUCGAGACGGAGCUCCAGGAGCUGGAGGCUUCUCUCACGACGGAGGCUCCCAUCGAGGCGACUGCGACGCCCGAGUCCCAGGCGCACGCGAUCCUGGGCCAGAUGAUCGACCAGCUCACGGCCGACGAGUACGUCCACCCAGGGCACGUCGAGGUUGCCAAGACGCACGUGCGGCAGUUGUUCGCUGGCUGUCGGGGGACGCCCCAGCAGGCCGAGGCCACUCGUGCAGCUGCUGCCGGCACGCCGCUUGUCCCCAAGGAGGUGCGCCAUACCACCAAGAGCCCCCCUGCGGCUCCGCUCCCCGCCAAGCCUGGCACGCUGGUGCGCCACAGUGGGAAGCAACCUCGCAAGGAGCUGAUCACAGACUACUUCAGCAAGCGCAAGUUGAUCAAGUCCAUCGGCAAGGAGACGGCGGGACUUCCUGCCACCUCCAAGGACUCCUUCGUCUCCGGCGGCACCCGCGCCACCAGCACCGACUCGUCCAUCUACGAUGGCUUGUUCGACGCUCUGAAGCAGCUGCAGGUCAGCUGCGCCCUCCUGCUCGGCAAGGUCCAGAUUCUGGAGCAGGCGUUCCACGAUGAGUACCUCGAUUUCGUUUUCAUUCAGGGCAUCCCAUUUAUUCUCGUCAGCGCCCUUGCGCCCAGUGACCGCGCCCCCGCUGCCGAGCGGGAGGCCUUUUGGGAUCUCCUGCUCCAGACGCUGCUGACGCUUCGUGACCGAGCCCCGUCUGCCAAGACGUUCCUCGGCAUCGACGCGAACGGCAGGGCGGGCGCUGGCCCCACGUCCCGCGCUGACUACAUCUGCGGGCCCUUCGGCGAGCUGCCCCACGCGUCCGUCUCUCACGUCCCGCGUCACGUGCAGCUUUCGCUCAUAGCUAAGGACGACCAUCGUCUCGUCGUGGCCGCGACCAGCACGCGCGCGCUCGCGAGCGCGCCCAAGCCCGACGCUUUCCGGUUUAACGAAUGGCGGCUUGGCGAUCCUGCCCGGGCCCAAGCGUCUCAGACCAUGCCGCGCCGGUUGCAGGCCCCCGUCGACGCAUCCAUCGACGCGAAGACCCAGGCGAUGACGUCGCAGAUGCGCACGGCCGCCCGCCAUGCUUUCGGCAGGCCUGAGGGUCGCCCUCGCCAACCGUGGAUCUCCGACGACACGCGGUCGAUGCUGCGCCUGCUGGCGCCCUCGCGCAGAGUCGUUCAUGCCGCCGGCCGGGAGGCGCAUCGAGCAUACUUUCACAGGAUCUUCCUCGGCUGGGCUGCGCAGCGCACGGGAGGAACUUUCGGCGUGGCGCGAUCGCUCAGUGGCCGGGCUGCUAGCUUGGCGGACCACCCUGUGCUCCUCAAGUCUGGCGAAUUGUCCAGCUCGGAGGCGGAGCGGCAGGCCCCGCGGCAGGAGCAUUACCGGGAAGUCUUCAACGGCGCCGAGGCCCAUAUGGAGCAGCUGCGCGCGCAGCCUGUGGAGGCACCGCGCAUUUCUCCCACCGUCGAGGUCACGCCAGACGCUGUUGCCGCGUCGCUCAGGCAGCCGGGGCGGAACAAAGGCGUCGGACGCGAUGGUGCGCCGGCGGAAUUGCUAGUGGCUGGGGGGGAAGGCUCGGCGACGCCGUUGGCCGCCCUCUACCGGGACAUCGUCGAUUCCGAGCGGUGGUCCGUCCAUUGGGCAGGUGGCCGCAUGCAGAACGUUCGCGAGCGCAAAGGCCCCCCCACCGACUGCGACGAGUCUCGCGGCAUCGUGCUGGAGGAUCACGCCGCCAAAAGCCUCAAGCAGCUGCUCAGCCACAUGGUCACUGGCCCUUGCCAGGACACUGUCCCCGAGGUGCAGCACGGCGCUGUCGCCGGCAGGGGGGCUGAUUAUGCCGCUCAACUCGCGCACAGCUUCCAAGCGUACUGCAAUGCGACAGGACGGUCGUCGUUUGCAUGGUUUGUUGACCUCGCGAAGGCGUUCGACCGCAUCGUGAUGGAGGUGGUGCUUGGAUGGCCCUGCGACGCAACUGACCCUGAGGCUUACCUCGCAUCCCUGGGCCUCAGCCCAGACCAAUCCGCAUGGACAGCGCAGUGGGCGGCACGGCAUGGCUGCCUCUUCGCCCAGAGGGGCGGUAGCCCAAAAGUCAUCCGCCUGCUCAAAAACCCCACGCGGCCUCAUGGUUUUCUUACGGUGACGUCGACACCGCCAUCGUCGCACGCGUUGGCGGCCGCCGGAGUGCAGGUGCUGAUCCGAGACGCUCUUCUGGACGCCGGCAUCUUGCUCCGCUUGCGGGCUGGGUCCCCGGAUUUCUGGGGCGCUGGCCCCGCUGGGCCGAAUGCCGACCCAGAGGUCGUCUCUCUUGUGGACGCCGCGUUCGUCGACGUGCUCGCGGCGCGUCUGCCCAAGGAGCUGGGCGCUGCCAUCGACGUCGCGCUGCACACGGUGCGUGACAUCUACGACCGCCUGAACCUGACAAUCAAGUGGAAAGUGGGUUUUGCAGUCGCUGUACCCCGACCUGUGGUACCACUGCUGGCGGUCACCACCGAGAAGCACCUCGUCGGCGCGGUGGGCGCCGCUGGCGCCGCGGCCCCAGGCGCCAACCACUUGAGACAGCAGGCGGCCAUGAGCUAUGGGCCUCUAGCGAGCAAGGUUUUCGGCUCGGCGGUCGUGGGCGCCAGCUUGAAGAUCUGGCUCAUGCACUCGUGGGUCCUCAGCCGCCUCCUCUUCAACGUGCACGUGGUCGUCCCUACGAGGCGAUAUCUGCAGGUGCUCAACGGCAUGCACAUGCGGGUGCCCCGACGAUUCGGCGACGCCCCGCGGUUCGGCCGCGCCGAAACGGACCUCGAGAUACGCACGCGGCUCAAGCAGCCCAGCUUGGACUGCCUGGUGAUGCGUGCUCGUCUCCGCUACUUAGGGCGCCUGGUGCGUAGUUCACCGCCCGCGCUGCUGGCCCUGCUCGCCGCGCGGCCUGGCGGGGCGCGCCUGCCCUGGGUCACUCUGCUCGUGUCCGACCUGGGCAAGCUCCGCGAGCUCGUUGCCCUGUGCAGCACGCUGCCGCCGCCGGAGGGUACCGCGAGCGCUUGGGCGACGUUCAUCAGCGACUCCCCAGCGCGCUGGACAAAUGCCGUGAGCAUGUUGUUUUUUCACCGACUCUUGCUGUGA